AAAUCCGCAACUGCACAUUGUAGUUCACGCCAUUAAUAACAAAAAAGAUUCCAUCAUGCUUUCCUCAGUCUCACCAUUUCCCCAUGCCAUAUCUGCCUCUUCUGUGCCUUCGUCUCGCUUUACCAGGCCCCAAAUGUCAUCCGAAUCGCUUCCACCUCUUCCCCAACACCGCACCGUUCUAGGAUGCGGGCAAGUAUCGGUUGAUUUCUUGGCCACUGUAGCUUCUUUCCCUAACCCAGACGACAAAAUCAGGAGCACUAGCUUAAAGGUUCAAGGAGGUGGGAAUGCCGGAAAUGCCUUAACUUGUGCUGCUCGUUUGGGAUUAAACCCACGGUUAAUUUCUAAGGUUGCCAAUGAUUCUCAAGGCAAGGGUGUAUUGGAGGAGCUUGAAGCUGAUGGAGUCAACACUUCCUUCUUUAUUGUUUCUGAGCAGGGUAACUCACCAUUUACUUAUGUAAUCGUUGACAACCAAACAAAAAGCCGUACUUGUAUCCACACCCCUGGUUAUCCACCCUUGAUACCAGAGGAGCUGUCUCAUUCAAAUUUAUUAUCUGCACUAGAUGGGGCAAAUUUGGUCUACUUUGAUGGAAGACACCCUGAGACCGCUUUACUUGUUGCAAAAGAGGCUGCUCGCAAGAAUAUACCAAUAUUAGUCGAGGCAGAAAGGAAAAGGGAAGGUUUAGAUGAUCUUCUGGAAUCUGCUACUUAUGUAGUAUGCUCUGCAAAGUUUCCACAGGCGUGGACAGAAGCUCCGUCUGUUCCAAGUGCGCUUAUUUUCAUGCUUCUGAGGUUGCCAAAAUUAAAAUUUGUGAUUGUAACAUUGGGUGAAGAUGGAUGCAUAAUGCUAGAAAGAAGUGUAAAUGGUGGUUCUGAUGCUGAAGAAAUGGAUGUUCACGGUUUAUUGGAAUCAUUAAAGCAGAGAAAAGAUGACAACAAGACCAUCCCAACAUGCAUUUCAUCAGUGGCAACCAAAUUGAAUUCAAGUGGGAUAGGGACUCUGACUGGUCGGUUAUUUGUGGGAACAUCUGAGAAGAUACCACCUUCGGAACUUGUCGACACAACCGGAGCUGGAGAUGCAUUUAUCGGAGCAGUACUAUAUGCUGUGUGUGCAGGCAUGCCACCGGAGAAGAUGUUGCCAUUUGCAGCUCAAGUGGCUGCAAUUGGCUGUAGAGCUUUAGGCGCCCGAGCUGGUCUUCCGCUCCGCACAGACCCUCGCCUUGCUGGAUUUUCAUAACACGUUUCUGCAAGGCAGCAGUGUAAUAUUGUAGCUUUGCCCCCCGGAAUUUUCUUAAUUUCAUUUCACAAACAGGA